AUGACCUGUUUUUUUCAGGUUACCUAUAUACUAUCUAUUGAAAUAGCUAUACAGGAAAAUUAUAUUGCCCCUGAUAAUCUGCCCGAAAAGUCUCUACAUUUCCCUGGAAAUAAUAAAAAGAAAUGCGAGACUGAAGUCCAUAAACAUUUUGCAGCUUCUAAGCAGCCUUCAGUAGAUAAGUCACCUGUUUCAAUUAGUGGUUGGUCACCAUCCCCUCUAAAAGCUGCUGCUAAAGACCACAUAAGAAGUGCAUCUAUUGAUAAAAUAUCAUUAAAAACAAUUGAUUCAAGUACUAAAAAAGUUAUCUCUAGUACAGUUUCAAGAAAACUUGAAUUUUGUGAUGAUAAAAACAAAUCAUACAACAACAAAAUAAAUUUUGACAUGCUGUCAGAUGAAGAAUCUUUUGAAAYAUCAAUUAUUGAAAAUAAAGUUUCUCCUUUUAUAAGCAAGGUUACACAUAAUUAUGAACAAAUUGAACAAACAUCUACAAAGUCCAAUACCAAUGACAGRAAAAAAA